AUGACUCCUUUUGGAACAGUAUAUGGCAGGGACCCACUGCAACUUAUCAAACAUGGAAUAUAUCCUUCACCACUUGAUGCCAUCGAUCAACUACUCACAGAACAAGAUGCUAUCCUUAAGAUUUUGAAAUUCAACUUGCACAAGGCACAAGUGAGGAUGAAAUUUAAUAUAAAUAAUCAUCGUAGAGAAGUGGAAUUAGAGGUGGGUGAUUUGGUCUUUCCAAGAUCAAACCAUACAAGAUGAAAUCUCUGGCAAAAAAGGAAAACGAGAAGUUAAACCCUCGCUAUUUUGGUCCGUAUCUUAUUAUCGAAAGAAUUGGACUAGUGGCAUAUAAACUCCAAUUGUUUGACCAUUCAGCUGUUCAUCUGGUGUUCCAUAUAUCCUAAUUUAGGAAGACACUAAGAACAGACAACAGAAGCCAACCAAUUCCCCCGACACUAUGAGAAGAACAAGAAUGGAUACUCAUUCUAGAUGGCAUAAAAACUCACAAGUCGAUCCCUCAAGACAGAGAUUUUAGUUUCAUGGAAAAAUCUUCCAGAGUUUGAAUCAUCAUGGAUGAUAGUAUCAACAUUCUUGUGA